GUCGUGCUUUUGUUGGAUGGCCACUUCAAACCAAAAAUAUGUGGAUUUGCUGAGCGUAAUAGCUUCUACAGCGCCAUGCAGUCCGCUAAUGAAACCUUCUCGGAUUGGGCGGCCAGAGUACGAGGGUUGGCACUACAUUGUGGUUUCUCGGCAUCGACGCUCGACGAUACCCUUCGUGACCGAUUUGUUUUAGGCAUGGUUCAGGGACCAGAACGAGACAAGCUCUUCACUGAGGCGAUGUCUAGCCUCACGUUUUCCAGCGCUUUGCAAACGGCGGAAAAUGUUCGAAGCGCCCGAAAAGGCGCACGUGCUGGCGCAACCGGGGCCUCGGGCUCCAGCGCCGCCGACAACGAGCUUGGCGUAUACAAGAUGGCGGCCAGCAGGGCGCCCGCCUCGGCAGGCGCGCGGCCCACCGGAUCUACUGGCGCCUCGUGCACAAUCUGCGGCUACCGUGGACAUUCGGCAUCAGAUUGCAGAUUUGCUAACUCAAUUUGUGAUAAGUGCGGUUCUAAAGGGCAUCUUAAACGCGUGUGUCGUAAAAAGUUACCAAACAAAAAAAUUAAUUUUGUCGAAUGUUGCUUGGACAGUGGUGAUGAAGAAGGCCUUGCAGACUAAAUAUUACGAUGGUAACAGAAGUGUCCAAUUUUGUAUCGGUGAAACUGUGUUAGUUAAAGUUUAUAAAAAUCAAAAAUCAUACUGGACAAUAGGAGUUGUAAUUAAACAAAUAGGUAAAACCAUGUAUAUUGUGAAAUUAGACGAUAACAAAACGCUAAAAAAACAUAUUUAUCAAUUACAAAAGUAUAAAGGGGAGGAGAUAAGUGAAGAACGAUCCGUGGCAGAACGAACACCCCCCUCCAGCACUUUGAUUGAAGAUCAUGAGAACGAGCCUGACAUGUUACAGGCUCUCCUAUGGCCACCGUCAGGUCUCCAGCAGGCAACUCCAGCACCCGAACCGGGCCCUCCGCGAGAACGCCAAGAAGCGCAACCAUCAGGCACUGCUCAACGGGAAUCCUCGCCACCUCUUGAUUCACUUACUACCGGCGGCAGUGACACUGACGGCCGUGCGACGUCAGUAACUGACGAGCCAGCCAGGUUGCCCUCGCCGACGCCGACGCCAGGACAGAGCCUGACGGACGGUUCGGCUCCGCAGGAAGAUGUUCAGGCCGAUACCGCGCCAGAAAUAUCCCACGUAAA